CCCUUCUCGUCGUCUUCCACGAUGGCAAAGGGUCAAAACUCAGCUGUCCCGAAGGGGCAAAAGUCUAUUUCCUCCUUCUUUGGUGGCAAGCCCGCAAAACCGCAGCCAGAGCAAGCCCCAAGCACCGCGGACGAGGAGUCGUCCGACGCCGAGGUCGAUGACACCGUGACGCAGGCAGUCAGCACGUCUAGAAACGCGGCUCCCGACGCGUCCAACCUCCCACCCAUCCACGACAUACCUGCCAUAUUUUCUGACUUGGUCUCGCGCGUCCCCGAGAUCAAGGCUGUCGCAGAGCAUCUUGAAGGGCGCAAGAUGCGCGUCGCAACCAUGUGUUCUGGUACGGAAUCUCCGUUGCUUGCACUUGACCUAAUCCGCCGCUCCAUCGUUGAACACUAUGGCGUGAAUAUGGAGUUCGAUCACGUCUUCUCGUGCGAGAUUGAGCCUUUCAAGCAGGCAUACAUUGAACGUAACUUCAAGCCACCGCUGCUGUUCCGGGAUGUUUGUGAGCUGGGAGAUAGUCACGCGACGACCGCUUAUGGGUCGCUCGCACCCGUUCCCGGUGACGUUGACCUUCUCGUUGCUGGCACCUCGUGUGUCGACUAUUCAAACCUCAACAACGAGAAGCAGGACAUCGAUGACAACGGGGAGUCAGGAAGAACUUUCCGCGGCAUGAUGUCCUGGGUGAAGAACCACCAGCCGCCUCUCGUUAUUCUCGAGAACGUAUGCUCCGCGCCAUGGGACCGCGUCGCGCAGUACUUUGAGAAGAUUGGUUACAGUGCCGACUACCUACGUGUCGACACGAAGAAUUUCUACAUUCCACAUACCCGCACCCGUGUAUACCUACUCGCUGUCAACCAGCGUCACUCUAGCCUUCCUGGCAAGUGGAAGGAUUGGAUUGGUAAGCUCAAACGCCCGGCAUCGUCCACGUUGGACGCGUUCCUUCUACCUUCGGACGAUCCGCGUAUCCAUCAAGCGCGGGAGAAGCUCGUGUCUGAAAGCUACAAUGGUGUCGAUCGACGGACCGGGCGCACGGACUGGGGUCGUUGCGAGUCUCGUCACCAGCGCGGGAGAUUGGAAGAGGAGCUGGGGCUGAAGCGACCAUUGACCGGUUGGGAAGAAGGUGGUUACUGCAAAAUGCCCGAUUUUGCCUGGAACGACUGGGGAGUCGGACAGGUAGAGCGCGUGUGGGACUUGAUGGACAUCAGUCUCUUGCGCUCAGCGAAGAAGGGAGUAGACCCUUCGUACAAGACUCAAGUAUGGAACUUGUCGCAAAACGUCGAUCGGGCGAUCGGGUCGAACAAAGUCGGUAUCUGUCCAUGUCUAACACCGUCCAUGAUUCCGUACAUCACCAAUCGCGGUGGACCGAUGGUCGGUCUUGAGGCCCUGUCGAUGCAGGGUCUGCCGGUGGACGAGCUUCUGCUCACGCGUGAGACCGAAGAUCAGCUCGCCGACCUUGCGGGGAAUGCAAUGUCCACGACCGUCGUCGGCGCCUGCAUCAUGGCUGCGUUGGUAGUGGGCAGGAAGCUACUCAAAGAAGGCGACGACGACGCAACGUACGAGUCGAAGAACGACGUGGCGAUGGAUGUCGACGACGAGGACGAGGACGAGACUAUGGACGUGGACCGGGCACCUGAGAAGGACGUUCCUGUCGAGGAGCGCAUUUCGGGCGAGGACCAGCUGGUCGAGAAGCCGCUUGACUUGGCCUCAACGGCCGAGACGCGGUUGACUGCAUUGCUCCAGAAGGCCCAACAAAGCGCACGUCUCUGCGAGUGUGAGGGCCGCAAGGACAUCACGGACCGUCAGCUGAACCGUUGCGUGGACUGUGGUUCGUCGUCCUGCGUCAAGUGCGGUGGCCGUCCGGAGCACAAUUUUGAGGCGAUCGACGUGAACGCUAACACUCGUCUGCCUCCUCUUGCAUUCGCGAAAGAGCUCAAGGCGACUCUACCGAUGUCGCUAUCCCUCGCAAACGUCUCUCGGGAGCUCCUCGACAGCCUCCGGGAGGAGACGGGCGUAACCAUCCCAGAGAAACGAUGGGGUUCGUGGUGUGAGGCCGUCCUGCGUGUCGCUGCGCAUGAACUCCGGUUUGUCGAGCCCAAGCGGCAAGAAAUCUGGGCGGCGACCUACCAAUCGCCAGUCGCCUACCUCGAGCUGCAGCUGAACCCGCAACAGCCGGAGUGGCGCCUAUUUGCGAGGCCGGAGGGCGACGAACCUGCCAACUCGGAGAUCCGGAAGCUGCUCGAGUCGCCCAUCGGACGCUUUGUGUGCGAGGAUGGCCUGUUCAGCGGCCGGUGGGACUUCGCCCUGCCGUACACGACGUCCAUCCAGAUCACGAUCUCUGGCAGCGAGCCGGUGCCUUCGUGGGAGCAGAAGCUCGGUCUUCAAGGGAAGGAGUUCCGCGACAGGAUGGUCAACUCGCGGCUCGAGAUUGACGUGGACGCGAAGGAUCUUGAGCACUUUGACAGGGACAUCUCGGGCGCGUACACCCUUCUCGACAAGUGCGGAACUGCCAACUCGGCGCUGCACAAGAAGGCCACUGACGCCCGGGACGCGCAUCUGCCGCCCCUGUUCCUCCUCCUGGACCCUACGCGCUGCGGCGACCCGGUAGACGACAGCUUUGUCAUUUCCAUCAGCAAGGGCCGCUACGAGUACGGUGAGACGCGGCCGAUAAUCUGUCAGCUUCAGUCGAAGUGGCGGCAAUCGGAUACCGAUGAGGAGGAACACAUCCGCUGUCAGAUCCCGUACAAGUGGAUGAAGGCGUCUGACGUGCAGCUAGCGCCUGUUGCCGGUCAUGAGGCCCAUUACGCCGUGCCAGGCGACCAGCUCGACAUCAGCGUCUCGAUGGAGGCAUGCCGCAGCGCGAACGCCUUGCUCGUCUGUCGCGUGCCGCUCCUGGACCAAGCAGGCCCCGAGUGGCCUCGCAACGCGUGGAAGGAAGUGGACAAGGUUCACGAGCGCGUCACCUUCAAGGCGCUGGCGUGGCUCAUCGAGCGCAUACGCAACGUCGGAGGUCGCUUUAGCGACUGGCAAGACGCCGAGCUGCCUGGGGCGCACGUCAACUGCGAGCGCUGCGCGCCGACCGCGCCGAAUCUGCUCUGGACGAAGGUCAAGAAGCGCGUGGUCGCAAUCGAGGACACCGCGCAGGCCGGACAGUACGAGCGGGAUUUGAAGCGUCGCCCCGCGCCCUUUGUGACGCAGCUGAAGCUCGACAAGAAUGGUGUCGGUGUUGUGCGUAUCGGUGUCAAUGUGGCAUCUCUGAUGCAUCGCGCUAUGUCGCGGUUGCCGACAGCGGGCAGAAAGGGGAAGGUAUCCGUGUCGUGGCGACUCACCAUGGACUUCCUCCCGGCGGCGAAGAUCAAAAUGCCGAAGUUCAAGCUCUCUAGCAACAGGCAUGACUCACUGCACGCUCAGCCUCCUAGCUUCAAGAUCCCGCUGCGUCCGGAGCAGCUUCGCUCGCUGACUUGGAUGUUGGCGCAGGAGUCGCCCAACGCGCCUCCGUUCAUCGAGGAGGAAAUCUCGGAGGCGAUCAUGGAACCCCUCGGAUGGCGUGCUGAAGGCCGCGCUCAGCGCCCGGUCCACAUACGCGGCGGAGUCCUCGCUGACGAGGUCGGGUACGGCAAGACCGCGAUUACGCUUGGUCUCAUCGACUGCACCGCCAAGGAAGUCGAGAAGGAUUUCCGUAAGAUGCAGGACAUGAAGGGCAAGAUCCCCGUGAAGGCGACCCUCGUUGUGGUGCCACCGCACUUAACGCGGCAAUGGGGCUCGGAGGUGAAGAAGUUCGCGGGGAAGCGGUUCAAGGUCGUAGAACUUGCGACUGCGACAAACAUCAACUCCCUCACGAUCGAGGAGGUUCAGGAGGCCGACAUUGUCGUCGUCGCGUCGAACCUAUUCCACAGCUCCGUCUACCUGGCUAACCUCGAGGCGUUGGCCGCCGCAGGAAGCCUGCCUCUGCAGGACGGUCGGUACUUCAAUGCGCGACUGGGGAAUGUACUCGACUCGCUGCGCAACCAAGUGGACCGUCUCAGAGACGAUGGCGCGAACGCCGUCAUGGACAAGAUUUUGGAGGGAAGAAAGCUCGAUGAGGAUGAGAGCAACUUCUUCGUGCCGACGAAGCGGCUGAAGGGCAAGAGCUAUCGUGAGGUUGCCGAGGUCGCAGAAAGUGGGAAGAAGCAGCCUCCGAAAGUAGAGCCAAAGGUGAAGACGAAGGCGAAGAAGUCAGCUGUGCCCGACUCGAUACCCGCGAACGCUUCUGUGAGUCCAAGAACUGGUCUCGUUAUGGAGGUUGUCAUUCCUGUUCGCAAGGCAUCGGCCGCUUCCAGCGCGACGUCAGGAACGAGUGAACCCGAGGAAGACUCAGAUACACGGCCCAAGCGACGCAGAAUCAUCCGGAAGGUGAUGUCUUCGGACGAGAGCGCAGGCUCAGACGAAGAUAAACCGCGAGUCAAACGUGGUAAGAAGGCUGCCCCUGCGAAGCGGUUGACAAAGAAGAAAGCAGUCGACUCGGAGUACGAGGCAUCAUCUGCUGAAGAAUCGGGUUCAGACGCUGGGUCACUUGCAGAGUCGUCUGACGAGGACAUACCCAAGAAAAAGCCGGUAAAGUCGAAGCCAAAGCCAAAGCCAAAGCCAGCAGCGCGACGCAGUAAAGGGCACAGCAGUGACGCGACGACUCCCCCGAUGACUGAUGACUCGGAGGCUAUGAGUGUCGACGAGGAGCCUACAUCUAAGGCGAAACCGAAGGCGACGAAGAAGCGGAAGGCUGAGGACGACGACCAGCGCCCCGCGAAGAAGCAGAAAAGGCGAGAGGACACCGAUCCCUGGAAGCUCAAAUCGCCCGCCGUAAGGCGAGACUGGACCCAGAUGAAGGCGCCUCCGCUGGAGAUGUUCCACUUCGCUCGUAAGGUCGUCGAUGAGUACACGUACCUGGACGGUAAGAUCCACUCUAUGGUGACGAAUAUCACGGCCGAGCGGCACUGGGUGCUCUCUGGUACUCCACCGAUUCACGAUUUCGGCGCGCUGAAGACUAUCUCCGCAUUCCUCAAUCUGCACCUCGGUGUAGACGACGAUGGCGAAGGCCAGUCGUUGCAGGUCAAGAAGCGCAAGCGCGAACAGACCGCCGUCGAGAAGUUCCACUCCUUCCGGGAGGUUCAUAGCCUAGAAUGGCAUGCGCAUCGGCACGAGUUGGGACAAGGCUUCUUGGAUCGUUUCGUCCGCCAGAACAUCGCUGAGAUCGACGAGAUUCCGUCGACCACCGAGAUCAAGAGCGUCAACCUGCCGGCCGCUGAACGAGCCAUUUACCUAGAGCUCGAGCAUCACCUUCGCGCCCUAGACAUGACUGUCAAGCGCGGUAAGAAGAGCGAGAGCGACCGAGAGAAGCGAGUAGCGCAGGCACUCGGUGAAAGCGGUACCGCUGAGGAGGCAUUGCUCAAGCGAUGCUCGCACUUCGAUCUCGACACGUCCGACAAGGAAAACGCCAUGAAAGCAUGCGAGGUCAUCGUCGAGGAGCGCAAGAAGCAGCUGGACAACUGCAAGGCAGAACUUCUCAAGAAGCUCGGCGAGGCCUUGAAGAUGGAGCAGAAGAUCGGCAAGGUCGAGGGCGAGUCGCUCUUCCGCGAGUACGUUCGCGUAACACGCAACGAGGGCGUCGGCGACAAGGACGCCACCGAGCAGGCCCAGGAACUCCUCAAUGAGGCGCAGAUUCCAGCUAAUCUGAAGGGCGUGACGAACAAGCAGGUCGAUGGCAAGAAUAAGGGCAAGGGCAAGGACGAGGGCCUGUCUAACAGCAAGAAGGAGCAGAUCUGGGAACACCGUGAGCAGACCCACGAGAUCCGUCGAAUCACCAAGGAACUCGUCGGCCGCGUGCGAUCGCUUCGGUACUUCACUGCUGUGCGAGACCUCCAGCGGCAAAGGGAAGUUCCACCCGUCGUGUCCUGCCCUUCGUGCGGACGAGACGAGGUGCCCAUCGAGGAGGUCGCUGUCCUGUCUUCGUGUGGCCACAUGGGCUGCUUGAAGUGCGUCAUGGAGUGUGCGGAUAAGGAGGAGUGCGUCUACGCUGCCUCGGGCGCGUGCAGAGCCGCCGCCCGCGUUCUAAACGUUGUCAAGGGCGACACGCUCGGUGUCGACGAUGAGGCUCGUGAUGGUCGUGGCAAGCACUACGGCCUGAAGCUCGAGCAGGUUAUUCAUCUCAUCAAAAAGACCAUUCCGAAGGAAGAGCGUGUUCUCAUCUUUGUUCAAUUCCCGGACCUCAUGAAGAAGGUCGCGGAGGCUCUCUCUGCGAAUGGCAUCGAGUUCCUCGAGAUCAAGGGCUCGGCCUCGCAGAAGAGCAAGAACCUCGAGAAGUUCCAGAGCGACAGCAAGGAGCGCGCUCUGCUCCUGAACGUCAUGGACGAGAGCGCGAGCGGGGCGAAUUUGACGUCCGCGAGCCACGCUAUCUUCCUGUCGCCGCUGCUUGCGCCGUCGCAGGAGAUCUACGACGCGUGCGAGACGCAGGCUGUCGGGCGGUUGAGGCGGUUCGGCCAGACAAGGCUUGUGCACAUUUGGCGGUUCCUCAGUACGAACACGAUCGACGAGGAGAUCUACGAGCAGAGGACGAAGCCGAAGAGGGUGUAAUCUUGUGUAGGGUUUGUUAUAUAGGACCAUCAUCUCAUGCUCUUAGAUAUCGCAUUGCUUUCGAUCUCGCAUGGUGUUGGCAUGUAUGAUAGUAAUCU